AUGUCUUCUUCCAAAAGAAAGAGAGAUUCUGUGUUUAGCACCUCUUACAACCCAUCCUCUUUUCGCCGACGUUUCCAAGGAGGACGCGAUGAGGAGACUCGACUGCCUCAAGACGACUACUCGUCAAAUCGCUCCCCUAGGGUUUCAUUUCCUGAGUUACAACGCCUACCAACCGACUCAAUUACAGGAUCGGUUGAUAGGAGACACGUUGAACAAGGUCCUGAGGAGGAUUUGGAUGAUGACCUUGAGCAGGUGAUCAUGGCCAUAGACAUCAAAGAGCACGGAACCGUGGCAAAGAAAUCAUUGAGACGUGUUUGUUUCCCUGAUCACCCUAUGAGUCCCCAGUUACUAACAUUCGCUUGGUAUCAAGUGAAGUUAGAGGUGAAGCCAACUACAAUUUUGAGUUCUACUCGUGCAGAUGAAACUGCGAUAUCGGCACAGCAGAGAAGAACAGCAGGUCGUGACGAGAAUUUUGUCCCCUACGCACAAUUCCACCUCCCGUAUCAGGUCGAUAUCCGCCCAGCACAAGAGUUCAAUUGCCAGAAUGCGAAAACUAAAUUGGCAGCCUUGGUGAACCCAGACGUCAUACAGUUUCUGGUGCCAAGUGAUGGACUGACAGAUGAGCAAAUAACCGUGGAAAAUGCGGGAUUUACUUCCCAGAAAGAGAAGCUUCUACGUCUGGCUAGUCACAUCGAUCUGGAGAAUACCGUGUCUCUAGGAUGUGCCGGCGCCAUCCUCACUUACUUACAACGGCGUAGGACCAGCGAAUACCCUUCUGAUGGCAUUUCUGGCGCUUUUAGGGUGCGGUCCAUUGAAUCGUUUACUCUCAAGGGAACCAUGUCUAUCAAUGCAGAUACCCUCUCGUCCCUUCAAAUAUUACAAUCUGAGUCGCACCCAAACGCCUUCAAUCAGGGGCCGGGGAAGACAUCCUCUCGUUCAAAGAACUUUUCUCUAUAUGGGUUGUUCUAUCAGCACGUUCUUACUCCCCAGGGGAAGACUCGACUUAGACAGACAUUUCUUCGUCCUAGUAUCGAGCUCGAUGUCAUAACUAAGAGACAUGACAUAAUCGAUAUCUUCUCCCGACCUGCCAAUGCUCCUGCAUUACAAAAGCUCAAUUCAAGUCUGAGGGAAAUCAAGAACCUUCGUCCUCUGAUGACUAACCUCCACAAAGGCUUAAGCAAUGGAAGCGGAAAAUUUGGAGGGUUCAAAAGUACCGUUUGGGACACUCUUUUGAACGUCGACAUUGAUGAUUCCAAGGAGCAGCAACGAACCAUUGUAAAGCCAGGGGUAGACCGAGAGCUAGACCUUUUGAAAGAUAGAUACAAUGGACUGGAUAGUCUGUUAAAGCGGGUUGCGAUCGACAUCGCGAAGACUAUUCCAGAAGAACUUGAGAUCGACGUGAAUGUGAUAUACUUCCCUCAACUUGGGUUUAAUAUCGCCAUUCCUUUCGACCGCACAGGCCGCGCGGCAUAUGACGGAGGCGAUGAGCCCUGGGAACAAGUUUUUACAACAGAAAACAGAGUCUACUUCAAGGAUUCUCGGAUGAAGGAAAUGGAUGAAAAACUGGGUGACAUGUACGGGUUGAUUUGUGAGAAGGAGAUUGAAAUCGCGCACGAACUUGCUCAGCGGGUACUUGAAUAUGAGAACAUGCUUGUGAAAGCGUCAGACGUCUGCGGUGAGCUCGAUUGUUAUCUAGCGAUGGUGCAAACAGCGAGUAUUUAUAAGUUCAUACGACCGAAGAUGACUAUGCAAAACAUGAUAAAAAUCAAAGGUGGCCGCCACCCUCUGCAAGAACUUACAGUUCCAUCUUACGUUCCGAACGACACCUUCAUCGUGGGAGGCGCUGGCAAUUCAGAUGCGCUACAAAAAGAUACUUCUAAUGAAGCAGGCUUACCAGAAGGUCCGAGUAUGUUACUAUUGACUGGACCCAAUUACUCGGGGAAAAGCAUGUAUUUGAAGCAGGUUGCUCUGACAGUGUACUUGGCACACAUCGGGAGCUUUGUGCCAGCUCAAAGCGCCGAAAUCGGGAUUACGGACAAAAUCCUUACACGAAUUACUACACCAGAGACAGUUUCGAAGAUCCAGAGUACAUUCAUGAUCAAUUUACAGCAGAUUUCCCUAGCUUUGAAACUUGCAACUCACAGGAGUUUGCUGAUCAUCGAUGAAUUUGGCAAAGGAACUGAUUUGAACGGUCAGCGUGGUCUUCGUCAUUGGAUUCUUCUCACUGACUUCUUGACAGAUGGUGCGGGAUUGGCUUGUGGCAUAUUCGAAUAUCUUCUGAACCUGGGCGAUGAAAGACCAAAAGUGCUUGCUGCGACUCAUUUCCAUGAGAUAUUUGAAAAUGGAUUUCUUAGACCCAGACCGCAUUUGGGUUUUGGACACAUGGAAAUCCGAGUGGACGAGAACGCUCACGAGGCCGGUGACCAAAUAACUUAUCUCUACAAGUUUGUGAUACCAUUGCCUGUUAAGGCGUUGAACGAGAAGACUAACGAUUUGACAGCUUUCUACCGGGCCGUAGCAAUGAAAGCUUUGGAACUUUGUACUUGCCCCUACUGUCUCCGAAAACAACUUUCUACUGACAAGAGGUGCUUCCCAGCUGCGCCGCCAUGA